AACCCUGGUUACCAGUUGCUGGUUAAGUUGUGGUACAAAGUUCACCAAGCUAUUUUUUCUAGUAAGGACAAAACAUUUGAUAUACCACACCAAACACGACGUGUGACUUCAUGUGUAAAUGACGUUUCAAAAGAAACGUGUACACGCGCAGUAAAUGAGUAUUAUUUGAAGUGUUUGUGCAGAGUGCGAAUAAAAUAUAUACAAAUUUUUUUAGUUGAGAUAAAAAGUGCACUAGAGUAAAAGUGUGAAAACUGAGGUGUUAUAUGUUGCUGUCACAAAAUGUCAGAGAAAAAAACUGUUGGAGGCAUUCCUGUGGAAUGCCUCACUGGAGAAUCAGCAGCUAUAUGGUCUGGCUGGCGUACGCUGGGAGACAGAGAGCUUGUGAGAGAAGCCUCUGCUAAGGGAACCCACAUAAAAUUAGCUCACAAAUGUCUGGCAUUUAGAAGACAUUGCUCUGUGGAACAAGCUUGUAUAUAUUUUAACAAAGAGGUGGAAAUUUGGAUUACUGAAUUGUUGAACAAGAAGCAAGUGUACAGAGCUUCACAUAUUUUAAAAAAUAUGGGAAAGGAUCCUGUGAAAUAUAUUUUUGGUGUUUGUAUAAAGAGCACAGAGCCACUAUUAAGAAACUAUUUGUGUGAAUAUAUGAUCAGUGUUAAGGGAUUUGAGACUGAACAUUUUGCAGCAUGGAACAUUGUCAAGUCUAUUGCACAGCAUGAGGAAAAAUAUGAAAUUCAGGAUGGAUUAAGUUAUAGCAUAUGCAUAGAUGAUGUCAUAAAGCUACCGCAAGAGAUCAAGCAAGCCUUAUGCACUGAAUUGUAUUUCUCUCUGAAUAACCCACAAAUUCUAAACGAUGUGCCAAACAGCAUUCUAUGGAAUUAUCUGUUGUCUAAUAAUAAAAUUAAAGCACUCAGGCUCUGGAUCGACGCGAGAUAUAAUCCAGAUGCUGUGCGAGACUCAGAUGAUAUUGAUCAACAUUUAAAAUCAAUAUUUGCAAAUUUGAAUAUUACAUCUGAUAUGGUGGAGCAAAUAGAUUCCUCGGACGCCAGCAAUCUUGUGAAGGAUUUAACUAAAGAUUAUUUAUGUAGAUAUGGAAUAUUUAUGAAGGAGGAAGAGAACGAUUUAAAAUUAAUUUUAAAUCGUGUUUUUGGCUGUGGCAUUACACUGGAGGAAUUCAGUACAAAUAUAUUAUCCCUAGAUUCUUGCAACAUCGAUAGAACGGGAUUUUUGCAAACCGUUAAUCAACAGUUGUGCCUUACGCACUGUUCGCAAGAAUGUCCUACUCAAGAAGACAAUGUAAAGCUCCUAAAGUUAUUUAACGUAUUGACCGAUAUGUGCAAUACUCAAGAUCGUCACGAAGACACGUUAACAGACGGAAUCGUCAAAUCGAUCAACUAUCUCUCUGACGACUUUAACGAAUAUCUAAAAUCAAACUAUUUACUGACCAUAACGUUGAUAUUGUUAAAAAUAUCGCAGAUGAAAAGCGAAGAAGCGCGCAAUCAUAAGGAAUUGAUAAGAGAUGUAUUUACAAACAAAAGAGUUUUGGAAAUUGGUGAACAUGAGCUCUCGCAGGAAGUUGUUCAGUCCACGCUCGCGAACAUACCGACGUUACAGUCCGUUAUUAAACGCGAAGUCAUCGACGAAAUUACAGUUUACGAUCUAUUAAACGGUUUUCAAAACGUCAACGCGAAACUCUUGUUCAAGUGGCGUUUCAAGAAUGAGCCUUUGCCCACUUUCACGAGGGAAAAUCUCGUCAAAAAGUACGGGCCUAAAGAAACGUUAACGUACGGUUACUACUUGAAGGAAGGCAGACCGCACAUGGCUGCGCAUAGUUUACUUCACGCUCAAGCCAAGUUACUCGGAAACGUAUCUUCUCAAAGAAAAACCAAAGCGGCCUUAUACGCGCAUGUCCUCGCUCUGAGAAAUUUAGAUAAAUCCGACGUAGUGUGCAGCUGUAUCGUUUUCAUCGAGCUGCUGCGAAUCGAUUCGAGCAUUUUGCGAUUGCACGUUACUGUGGCGAAAUACGUGCAGGAUCGUCUAGACGUUCCUAUAGGAAACUUACUGGAAAAUGUACUGUACAAGAACCAAGCCGAUUUAAAGUCUGUGAUAUCUUAUCUGGAACAAUGCUUUCAAGAUCAUUUGCAGGAUGAGACUUUAACGCGCAACGAUGAACAAUUUGUCGAAACGUUAAAACUGUGGGACAUUAUCGUGCGCUUCGCGCGAGUUCACAAUUGCGCGCUGCCCGAUACGUUGCCGAGAUACUUGGCCGAUCGUAAUUUGUGGUUCGAAUUUGUUGCAGUCAGUCAUAUAUUCGCUUAUCCCACUAAGCAGGUGCUGGAAAACGUCAAGAUGUUCAAUAAUGCGAGCGUACGGGAACAUUUGCUGACGUGUUUGAACAACAAUAAGCUUUGCAAAUCUUCAUGCGGGACUGAAGAGAAACCGAAGACUCGCGAGAUGAAGCGAUCGUUACAGAAUAAAGACGGAGCGAAACAAAGUGAAUCUCUAGCGUCUAGUUCAUCCAUAUCUGGAAGUGAUAUCAUUGGUACAGAACACGUUUCAGACAGUUGCAUUUCAACUACCUCAGAUAAUGACUUUUGGCUGACCAUAUUGAAUUGUCAUCAAAGUCAAGACCCACCUAAAGCAUUAAUUAACGCGUCCCGUUUGUACCUAAGACCCAUAUUUACCAUUCUUGCUACGUGUUACGAGCCAUCUUCGGUAGCGGCUUACUGUUACUGCUGGAUGGUGAUAUCAACAGCGAGAGAAGAUAUACUUUCCGAUUACACGGAGUGUUUAGAGCAACAAAUAUGGCCUUCCGAAAAAGUGUCGGAACUACUGAACAAAAUGGUUGAAUGUGGUUACGUGAAGACAGUCAACCGAGCGUACAAAAUUUUUAUGCCUGAUAGUAUUCUGAAUCCAUUUUUCGAGUUCCUAACGCAAGCAGUGAAUCAUGGGGAAUUUAAGGAAAGUCAGCGGUAUCUGACGGAGUUUAAGUUGCAAUGUUCCUCACUUAAAAGCAAUAGAAUUAUGGACUGGGAUAGCGUCCAUUUCACGUAUUUGAAAAAUUUAUACUGGGUUGCAGUUGUGGCAACUCGUUGCAUUGUCACAGCACUUGGCUACGGUUUUCAAAGUACGUCAUUGCGAGUCAAGUUUCUCGAAGCGCUAAUAAAGUGCAAUUUUUUUGCAGAUUUGCCAGUUGCAGUACCGGAUUUUCAACGUCUGCUCGAUAUAACAAGACUUCUACAGAAAACCGACGUAGUAUUAAAUUUCAAGGCCGUUAUUGUAACUGAUAACGUAUAUAAUUUUGACACGGAGAUCCAAAGAUGCAUUAACGAUUUGAAAGCGGUCGAGAAUUACAGCACUGCUUUGGAAAUAGCCAGUCGUGCUGAGUUAAAUUUAUCUGAAAUUAUAUUGGCACAAUAUCGAAACAUUUUUAAGAAAUCCGUAAACGGAGAUAGUCAGACAAACUCUGCUUUUUGGCUACAGUGUGCUCAGGAUUUAAGCAAAUACAACGUUUCUCCUCAACUAGCGGUUGAAUUUUUUGUCGAACAUGCCGAAAAAGUCUUAUCGCACAAAGAGAGAUACGAAGCCUUAAAACUGGCUUACGAAACCUUGAAGAACACCGAAAUCGAGCAACAAACUAUCGAUACUCUCGAAACGGCAAUGUGGAAGUCGUGUAUUUUAGCCGGACCCGAAAAUGUGGAAUUUGAUCGCAACGAUAACAUCUUCAGUAAAUUAAAAACGGAGUUAUUAUUCGGUUUAGACAGAUUGCAAGUUAGCUGUUUCUUGACGGACAAAACUGAGAUUUAUUCUGUGGGAGUUUUAAUAGAUAAACUAAUCGAUUUAGGUAGAGUGGAUGUUGCCUUGCGAAUAAACACAAUUUUUAAUUGCAAUCACAAAGAUCUACAAAUAUUGAUGUUGUGUCUGAGCGUAGCAGAGGGUGAGAUUUCACCGGCGGAUUUAACCGCACAGCAAAAGAGUCUCUUGGAAGAGACAAGCAAGAACAAGCAACAAAAAUACGGCUUUUUGCGCAAUCGCGGUCUGCAAAGAUUAUCUUCCUCGUUGUCUCUAAAUAUGAUUUUGUCGAGUUCCGAACCCGACAAAACGAGCGACACAAACAUCACUGGCACUCGUCAACUCCAAACGGAGUGCAUUUCUGUCUUGGAAAAAUUAUCGGAAACUCUUAAUCACGGAAACGAGAUAUGCUCGAGAGUCGUUUCCUGUUAUAAGCUUGCUGCGCGAUUAGGAAAGACGUAUCAUUCGCUAUUGAUGCUGAACAAUCCGCUUAAGUUCCUGCAAGAAGUUGUAGAAAGUAAUAUCGAGAACAAAUUCGAGACUGCCAACGAUAUAAUAGUAUCUUACAAGAUCGGAACGGAGAGCGUGGCAACAUUUCUAACUGAGAAUAUUAUAAUGCACAUAAAUCGUGCCAUAGAAGAUGGACAAGAAGAUCUGAUUUUUAUGUGGGGUUACUCUAUGAAUUCGCAUUUUCACUUGAUAAUGGAACUCUGUAACGACACUUCGCUAUUGGGCUCGAAAUUACUGAAAGCAGCACAGUCGCUGCUGGGAAGAUACAUCAGUACCCAUGACGAAAAGAGAAAUAUUUCAGCAUUAAAAACAAUAGUGGAAAUACUGAUAAGAUCUCACGAUUGUUUCACAACUUCAUGUAACAUGGAAGGAAUAGCAUCAGUAUUACGAAAAUGUCAGAAUCUCGCCAAUAUGUUGCAAAUGUUAAAACACUGGGCGUUGCUGGUACGUCUUGUGACUGGUGUCGGACGAUUUACCGAGAUGAACUACAUAUUUCAAAUUCUGAAGGAAAACGAUCAGUUUGAGUCAUUACUCGGACAAGGUUUGGACAAGGUUCCUGGUCUGAAAAUGGCACUGCUGGACUUUUUGAAGCGCAACUGUCCUGAGGACAAAGAGUUAUUUACUCUAGUGGCACUUCACUUCCGUUUGUACUACGAAAUUGCACUUAUGUGGGAAAACGAGGCGAAGGGAAUAAUUGCGAAAUUAAUAUCCGAUAUUUUAAAAGAGUGCAGAAAAGGCGGAAUCGGUGUUCCGAUAGAAAUAAGAUUCACUCGAGACGAGAACAUCCACAAAGAAUUGCAACUGGCUGUAACGAAUUUCACUCACGCUACUCAAUAUUAUUUGCAGGACAAAAAAUUAAAUCUCGCCAGCCGAUGUUCCCAUCGAGCUCAACUAGUUGCUCUUCAAAUCGGAUUGCUGAACGCGGUGCCGCAAAAUCAGCAGGCAGUAUGCGUGCUGAAUUUGAAAAGCGACGAAAUAGACAGAGUGUUAUCACACAUUUUGAACUUCCCUCAAGCUCUUAUCGUUACUCGCGCGUACAAUUAUCACGCGGACUGGGCUAAUCUCAUUUAUCAUCACUACAUUCUUAAAGGAGAGACCAAUUAUCUAAGAGAAUUCAUGAUAGUGAACAGUCUAACAUCUGUAAUUGUGCAAGAUUGUGCGCGUAGAUACAGAUUAGAAAAAAGUAUUAACCAUUCCAUGACAAACAAUAUGAGAACUCUAGUGUCUGAAUUGUCAGACGUCGAAUGUAAAUAUGUACUAGCUAGUCAGCUUGGCUUUAAAGACAUCGUAGAGGGAAUGCUCAAUGAUCCUAUAGUGGGCUCUUAUCUUAAGGACACAAUAUGGAAGAAAGGAUAUACAGGUCCUUGAUUUGAUUUGUAUUACUUGGAAGCAAUCAAUAUGAAUAUUAUGUGAUAACCAUGGCAAAUCUUGUGUUAUUAACACAGUGUUAUAACAAAUUGUUGCAAACUGGUAAUAUUAUUACAGCAAUAACUAUACGUUUAUACUCGUCGAUAAUUUACUAUGUAUUAUUACCACAAUAGAAACUAUGUUUUGUA